AUGUCAGGUAGAGAUGUGGACAGGAGAGGGAAGACGAGAGAAAAUAGGAAUAGCACGUGGACGUCAUGGCUAGUUCCGUUGAUCGUCGUGGCUAAUAUCGCCAUCUUCGUAUUCGUCAUGUUUAUCAACGACUGCCCCAAGACGGUCGCUGGUGCCAACGGAGAUUGUAUGGCGAAGUUUCUCGGCAGGUUCUCGUUCCAGCCACUCAGAGAGAGCCCUCUCUUUGGCCCUUCUUCUUCAACAUUGGAGAAAAUGGGAGCUUUGGAAUGGAGGAAAGUGGUACAAGGCCAUGAGAAAUGGAGGCUCCUCACUUCAAUGUUUCUCCAUGCCGGUCUCAUUCACCUCCUUGUUAAUAUGGUCAAUGUCAUCGCCAUCGGUAGGCGUCUUGAGCAGCAGUUUGGCUUCAUAAAAGUCGGACUCGUCUACGUGAUCUCUGGAUUUGGAGGGAGCGUUCUCUCAGCACUCUUCCUUCAGAACAGUAUCUCUGUUGGUGCCUCUGGUGCUCUUCUUGGACUCCUUGGAGCAAUGUCAUCGGAGCUUCUCAUCAACUGGACUAUCUACUCCAGCAAGCUUGGGGCUUUGUUCACCAUAUUGUUCAUGGUGGCAAUCGAUUUGGCAAUAGGGCUGCUUCCUUGGGUUGAUAACUUUGCUCACAUCGGUGGGUUCUUGACCGGGUUUCUACUCGGGUUUGUGGUGCUGAUCAGGCCACAGUACGGGUGGGAAGAGUCUCGCAACUCUGGUCAGUACGGUGCUCGUGGCAAGGCAAAGUUUAACCCGUGCCAGUACUUGUUGUUCUUUGUCGCUGCUGUUUUGGUCGUCGCUGGUUUAAUAGUUGGGACUGUGAUGCUGUUCAAAGGAGAGAAUGGGAACAAACUUUGCAAAUGGUGCCAUCGCCUAGAUUGUUACCCUACUUCCAGGUGGACUUGUUGA